AUGUUGAGGACUGGUGCCGUACAAGUACAAUGUACAAGUUGUGCGACUGUAAAGGAACCUCCAGCUCGUAGUAGAGGCGCAUUGAAAUUGUACAAUGUUGGUGCACCAUCGGAGAGGAUAGCCAUUGACGUUGCGGGGCCGUUUCCGGAAAGUGAAAGUGGUAACAAGUAUUUCAUGGGUGUGAUGAAUUACUUCACUAAGUGGCCAGAAGUCUUCGCCAUUCCAAAUCAAGAAACUUCAACAGUUGCAGAUAAACUAGUUCAUGAAGUCUUCUAUGGUUUUGGAGCACCCUUAGAGAUUCACAGCGAUCAAGGAAGAAAUUUUGAGUCUCAAAUAUUCUUACUCUUAUAUAAUAAAGUUAUGGGUGCUCAUAAAACACGAACAACUUCUUACCACCCACAAUCUGAUGGAAUGGUAGAACGAUUUAAUCAAACAUUGGAAAGGUACCUGGCAAAAGUUGUGGAAAAACAGCAAGGAAACUGGGACAGGCACAUAUAA